UUAAACCACAGAGACUACCUGAGUGAUAUUUAGCCUCUGAAGCUGCAGAGGAGCGACACUUUGACUUAGUAACCCUUGAACAGUAGCCCACCUAACAACUCAUUGUCUUUUUAUCUGGAGAUCUUGAUCAUCUAAGGGGUCUUCAAUCACCUCAACGACCUGUCAAUCAAACAAUCUUCCUGUAGGAGAUCGUUUGUUUUGUUUUAGCACACGUUUAGUGACUGCAAACCUGUUUCUGUGUUGCUAAGCACCCAGAACAUCUAACCGCCAAGAUGUCGAUGGACGUGCCUGAGGAUCUGGAGAUGGAGGGAGAGGAAGGGAUCGACUCCAAGGAGCUGAAGAAGCAGCUGGCAGAGUCCAAGGCAGUUAAAGUGCUGAUGCUAGGUGCUGAGGAGUCGGGGAAAACAACCAUCGUAAAACAAAUGAAAAUCCUCCACCUGGGUGGUUUUAAUAAGGAGGAGAAGACGAAGUACAGAGAGGUGAUCUUUGGUAACAUCCUGCAGUCAGCUCUGUCCAUCGUCAGAGGAAUGAGCAUCCUGGGGAUCAAGUACGGAUCACCAGCCGCAGAGGAUGAGGGCAAGAAGCUGGAGAACCUUUCCAACUCUAUUGAAGAGGGCACCAUGCCUCCUGAGCUGGCUGAGUGCAUCAAGAAGCUGUGGAUGGACCCUGGCAUCCAGGAGUGCUUCGAGAGAGCAGCUGAGGGCUACCAGCUCCUCGACUCCGCUCACUACUUCCUCAGUGACCUGGACCGCAUCACCGUGGCUGACUUGAUCCCCAAUGACCAGGACAUCCUACGGUGCAGGAUCAAGACCGGCGGGGUUAACGAGGAGAGGUUCAUCUGCAAAGACGUCAAAUUCAGGAUGUUUGAUAUGAGCGGUAGAAGAGAAGAGAGGAAGAAGUGGAUCCACUGUUUCGAGGGCGUCCAUUGCAUCCUGUUCUGUAGUGCCCUCAGCGCAUAUGACCUGGUGCUGCUGGAGGACGAGGAGAUGAACCGCAUGCACGAGUCUCUCCAUCUAUUCAACAGUAUCUGCAACCACAGGUUCUUCGAGGCCACCACCCACGUGCUUUUCCUCAACAAGAAGGAUGUCUUCCAAGAGAAGAUCAAGCAUGUCCACCUCAAUGUCUGCUUCCCUGACUACGACGGGCCAAAUACAUAUGAAGACGCCAGCAACCACGUGAAGAUGCAGUUUGAGUCUCUGAACUUGAGGAAGGCAGAGAAACCCAUAUAUACCCACAUCACCUGCGCUGUAGACACACAGGACGUGAACCAGGCCUUCGACACCAUCACAGACGUCAUCAAGACCAACCUAAAGGACGCCGGGCUGUUCUGAGCAGCUCCUGACUGAAGAAUUUUCUUCCUACCAUCCAUCCAUCCUUCCUUCCAUCCAUCCAUCGGUUUUAUUUGGCCACGGUGCUGGAGGAGGUGAACAGUUGGUGGACAACUGUUUAUCUGCUGUCACUGUCACUGUCCUGGUUCCUCGGAUGCUCCCUCAACAUCAACAAUGCUUCACCAUCAAGGCAUUGGUUUGAAACAAGAGUAUCAAGGCAAAUUACCUACGGCAGCAGCAGCGGGCCAUGUGCUCUUCUUUGUGUGAGGCAUUGGACAGCACUUAAAUUGUGGAAUGUACCUUUAAACCCCUGAAGCUAGUGUUUUUUUGUCUUACCUUCAGUAAUCUCCUUUGGUCUCCAUUUUAACUUUUAAAAGUUAUAACGUAAACAGCUGAUAUUUCAUCGUUUCUAAAUGCUAUUUUGAUCUAUUUUAAUGGAAUAAUAACUUAGUAAAUAAUAGACCUUUAUGUCGAGAAUAAAGACUUUAUCUGAAGUACUGCGAGAAAGAAGGGAUCUGUUAUUACAUGAAAUAAAGAUGCAUAGACUUCC